GCCAAACUUUUGCAUACAGCUUUGAAUCGACGCUUUUCCUCCAACGUGAGUGUCGCGCUUUUAUUUUGAAGGCAACACGCCCAACCGGAAGCCUUCGCUCGGGACUUCGGGUUACCUCGCCUCCGGUGGGUCUCUGGUCCGAACGACCCAAGCCGAGAAAAAAAAAAAAAACGAUACCCGCCGAACUUAGCCGGCGGAGAAGGAGGGGAAGCCGAAACUCAGCGGUCUGGGCAUUUCAUUUAUUGUGUUUUGCAACGUGGAGAGAAGACAAGACCCUCUGGGAGUUUGUCUCGGUCCCUGACAAGGCACUUCGGCAGACAGGUGCAAUGAGCAGCGAGCUGAACGUUCCUUCGGGUUCCCCGGCCCCCGGGGUCUCGGAGCGGCCUCCAGACGGCGGGGGGAUGGACUACAGGGACUGGGUGCGGCGCAGUUACCUGGAGCUGGUCAGCUCCAACCACCACUCGGUGCAGGCCCUGUCCUGGAGGAAGCUCUACUUGAGCCGGGCCAAGCUGAAGGCCUCCAGCCGAACCUCUGCGCUGCUCUCUGGCUUCGCGAUGGUGGCCAUGGUGGAGGUGCAGCUGGAGAUGCAGUACAGUUACCCUCGUGUGCUCCUCAUCGCCUUCAGUGUGUGCACCACCGUGCUGGUGGCAGUGCACCUCUUCGCUCUGCUGAUCAGCACCUGCAUCCUGCCCAACGUGGAGGCCGUCAGCAACAUCCACAACCUCAACUCCGUCAGCGAGUCGCCUCACGAGCGCAUGCACCACUACAUCGAGCUGGCCUGGGGCUUUUCAACGGCCCUGGGCAUCCUGCUGUUUUUAGCGGAGGUUGUGCUCCUCUGCUGGAUUAAGUUUCUGCCCGUGGACUCCGGCGGGGCCAAAAAGGCAACCGCCUGCUGCACCACAACAGCCACCGCUGUGACGAAGCCCACGUCAUCCUCGCCUGUGCAGCAGAACAGCGGCUGGCAGGCUGCGCUGGCCUCCACCAUAAUCAUGGUCCCGGUGGGGGUGAUUUUUGUGGUGUUCACCAUACACUUCUAUCGCUCUCUGGUGCGCCACAAGACAGAGCGACACCACCAGGAGAUUGAGGAACUGCACAAGAUUAAGGUACAGCUGGACGGCCACGAGAGAGGCCUCCAGACUGUGUGAUAAUAUGAGGGCUGCAUUAAGAACUUCCCAUUAUAUCCCAUAUUUAUCAAACCCUCUACCCUUUCUGACAUUCGAUCCGGUCAUUGUUAUUGCCUUGCAUGGACUCACAGGCAGCGGGCUUUAAAGCUCCUCACUUUGCAGUACAAACGUCUGAUUCAUGUCAGACUGUUAAUUUAUUCUUAAGGAAAAGUUGCAUUGUAGGAUUUGUGCAGUGAGCCGGUCUGUGUUUUUGGGUCUGUUAUCUGUGUUGGUCAAGGAUAAUGUAAAACGGUUUACAUGAAAAGGGCUAUUAUGUUCUAUGUGCCAUUAUUUUUUUUUUCUUGGCAAUGGUUGUGGUUUCAUGGUUGGGUUGGGUGCAGAUAGCGGAAUCUGGUUCCACGAUCUCAAGGAAUCUCUUAUUGAAUUUAUUAUCUCUCCUUACUUGUUAUUAGCCAGGAGCAAUGUAAAAAUUAUUUAAUCACAGAGCUGUCAUUUUUAGCCGUUGCUGGCCUUCACUUUCGCCAGAAGAAAUCGGCACCGGCAGCUUAACCUAAUUAACAAUAAUGCCUUAAGUAACUUCCCGUAACGCCCCAAAUGGAACUUGGUUACUGUUUGAUUAUUUUGCUCUCUGCGAGCCAGUGUCUGUGAUUCUCGGUAGAAGAACAAAGAAGAACCACUCUCGAGUAACAUUCAACUGUGGAGUGGACUGUGGUUUUAACAACAACGGAGCGGUUGUGCCGUGUCGGUGUCAGCAGUGUGAGUCUCCUAGUUCCUGGUUAUCCUCCGGUAUUUGGAACAAGUAUCUCAUGAAAAAAUAAGGAGUGCCAAAAUGAAGUUUUACAGUUUUAAAAUUUCAAUGUGUCAGAUAAAUACUCAGUGGACAUUUCACAUUUUGUGGCGCUUCUCAUUUUAGUAGCCACAAAGUUGUGAAGAUUACGUAGACCACCACUCAAAAGCUCUUUCUGCCUUCUCGGCCUACAACAGCUGAUCACAGAUCUGAUACUUUUAGUCAGAAAUGUGGUCACUUGCAAAUGUCGACAGUUCAGUUCAAUGAAUUUGAUGAGAGAUUCAAAAAGAUUAGGAUUUCUUAGGCGUUCGUAUCGAUAUUUAUUAAAAUGCUGCCAAACCCCAACCCUGCUGCAUGGAUCUGGAGGUGAGCACAGGCCUCACUGUUCACGCGCAACCUGCUCCUCAGCCAGACGGUCAUCUCGCGUAAGACUGACCUGUAAAAAUUCAACUCAUGCAUGACACUGCGAGCAGCUUGGUGUCUGUUUUUCCCUCUAUUGUGACUGACUCAGUGCAAUUCUAUGCCAUGUACCAUAUGUGCAUGUUUGGCGCGGCAUGGUGAGACACGAUCGCCGGAGUUGGCGAACCGCUGUGAAGUCUUAAAACGUGUUGUCUUAAAAAGUGUUGCAUUGUAAAAUAGUCAGGUGGCUGGUGUCAAUGUGUUUUUAUGUCCAAAAUCUCAUACAAGCUACAAACGUUU